GUUUCUUAGAAAUAACAAGGUGCUCAAAUAAGCCGCUUCACUAAAAGUUGGUUAUGGAGUAUAGUAGCCUGAUGGAAUGGGAAAGAUAUUUAUAUCUAAUUUACAAACUUGCAUUGAGCUAAUUCACCGGCAUUUGAAUUAGUUCAAACUUCUGAGGUCAAAGAGGACAAAGCUGAUUUCAAAGCAGCCAUUCAGUGAAAUUGAUGUGACAUUCCAAGUUGGGACAGCUUUGCGGUGACAGAGGAACAAACCAUGUUAGAAUGUUGCCUGUAUUUAUUUAUUGUGGGGCUAACCGGCAUUGGAAAACAAGGGCUAACAGUUGAAGUGUCUGCUCAUCAGAUCUCUAGACAUCCCACAUAUGAGAUUAUAGUCCCUCAGAGGUUAACAAAUAGGGAGAAGCGCUGGACGCAUUUCCAUGAGGAACAUUUAGAUAAUCAACUGUCUUAUUUGAUUCAAACUGGAAAUGGGACACACAUUCUGAAACUGAAGAAAAAUAAAAACCUUAUUAGUGAAAAUUUCUUAAUAUAUACAUAUAGCAAAGAUGGGAAGCUGGAGACCUCUCCCUUUGAAGCCAAGACCCACUGUUAUUACCAUGGGGUUGUCGAAGGAGCUGUAGACUCUCUGCUUGCUUUCAGUACCUGUGAUGGACUUAGGGGAAUCCUCCACAUUGAUGGCAGACGGUAUGGCAUGGAGCCAGUCAAUGGAUCAGAUCAGUUUGAACACUUUUUCUAUGCAUUAGAUGAUUCUCACCGAAAGCCUUUUUUAUGUGGUGUGUCAAACGAUGACUUCUACCAUGAACAGAGCAUGGAGGAUUUUCACAAAUAUACAAAUAUAUCACAUAGGCCUUUCAGCAAGGACACGAUUUUAAGGAGAAAACGAGCCGUGUUGCCUGAGAAAAGAUACGUCGAGCUGUAUAUGGUUGUUGAUUAUAACAGGUAUUUGAUGAAAAAGUCUGAUGCUACUGCUGUACAAAAGGAAGCCGUUGAACUGACUAAUUAUGUUGAUGGGAUGUUCAGUUCCUUAAAUAUACAAGUUGUACUAGUUGGGCUGGAGAUAUGGACUAAUCAAAACCCCAUAGAAGUGAUGGCAGGUACAGCUGGAGAUGUGCUGGGCAGAUUUGUGGCUUGGAGAGAGAAGAAUCUCAUGAAGCGAUCAAGGAAUGAUGCCAGCCACCUCAUCAUAGGGAGAAAUCCGUACGGUGGAACAGUUGGAAUGGCUUUUGUUGGGACAGUCUGUAAUCCAGGUACUGGAGGAUCAAUCAGCACUUUUAAUCACAACGGUGCAAUCAAUCAAGCUACUAUCGUUGCACAUGAGCUGGGACAUAAUCUGGGUAUGAAUCAUGAUGAUGGAAGGUGCCCAACAUCCUAUAUUAUGUCUAGUACAGAUAAUGGGUCCAGGAAGUUCAGCAGCUGCAGUUUUGAUGAUUUUGAGCGUCUCGUCUUGGGAGGUCGUGGAACCUGUCUUAGAAAUGCUCCCAAGCCAAGUGAUGUUUACACGGAACCUGUCUGUGGCAAUAAUAUUGUGGAUAAGAACGAAGAAUGUGAUUGUGGCAAACCAAAUGAAUGUACCAACCCUUGUUGUGAUGCUGCCACCUGCAAAUUAAAAUCUGGAUCAGAAUGUGCUGAAGGAAUGUGCUGUAAAAACUGCCAGUUCAAAGUAGCAGGAGUGGAAUGCAGGGCAAAAAUGAAUGCCUGUGAUCUCCCUGAAUAUUGCAAUGGAACUUAUCCCUACUGCCCAGAAGAUGUGUAUAUCAUAGAUGGCUACCCAUGUAACAAUAUGAAAGAAUACUGCUACAGUGGAGUUUGUCAAAGUUAUGAUUCUCAGUGCGAAAUCCUCUUUGGGAAAGGAGCUAAAAAAGGGCCAAAUAUUUGUUUUGAAGCGGCAAAUAGUAAAGGAGACAGAUUUGGCAACUGUGGAAUGUCAGGAGGACACUUUGUUAAAUGUACCCAAGCCAAUAGUCAGUGUGGCAAGCUUCACUGCACAUCCUUCAGUUCUGAGAAUCUUCCUCACCAGUAUUACAUCCAAACUCAAAAUGAUAUUCAGUGUGUGACUACUGACUUUGACCUAGGAUCAGAUAUCCCUGAUCCAGCUCUGGUUCAAAAAGGGUCUGCUUGUGAAGCAGGGAAGGCCUGUGUUGAUUACAAGUGUGUGAAUGCGAGCCAGCUUGGUUACAGUGGUGAUGGAGAGAAGAAAUGUAACGGCCAUGGAGUAUUGAACAGCAAAGCCAACUGCCAUUGUAAUUAUGGAUGGGCACCUCCAUUUUGUGAUACGUCUGGUUAUGGUGGCAGCAUUGAUAGUGGUCCAACUCAUAUAGAUACAUCUCUUAGAGAUGGUCUGCUAGUGUUUUUCCUGCUUGUGUUACCUGUGCUAGUUCUAGUGGCAAUUGCAAUUGUCAAGAGGGAUGCAAUUAAAAGAAGGCUCUUCAGAGAACGUAGAAGGCGACAAAGGGCUAAAAAUGCACAGCAAGGACAAAAUAAGGCUCCAGGUGAAUCAACACAGCCCAAUACAGCAAAUAAUAGGCAGGCUGGAACAACAAAUUCUGGAAUGUUUACGAUAUCUCACUUUCCUGUUCCAAGACCACCAGUACAGAGUCCGCAUCGUCCACCUCCGCCUAGACCUCCUUUGCGGCCACCAGUCCCAUCAAGACCUCUUGUCUCAAAAGCACCUGAGUCAUCCCCAGAGAGUUAAAUGGACACUUUUUGCAUACUAGGAAAAAAUGUGCCAAUGCAAGUAUUUGUUAUCAGCAUACAAGUAAAGACCUCAUUUUAACUGUCAAGACUGCUGAAAUGUUAACUAGACAGUCAGCUUUUUGCCUUGAAUAGGAGACAGACCCUAGCAAGAGAAAGCCCACCUGAAUUAUUGAACAGUGGAUGCUGCUUGUAUUCAAUAUUGUCCUCAGUAUACAAACUAAUUCAGUAAUUAUUCCUUUAAAUUCAGCUGCUCUAAUUAUAUAUAAAGUGAAGGAAUAUAAUGAAGGUGGGGGGAACAAAACCACUUGUGACUAAUUAUUAUGUACAUAAAUUGGUCAAGGAGGUGAUGACUAUAUUAGCACUUUUCCAAUGCACUUUCUUACAUCUUUGCCCCAAUUCAAGAAGAGAGGGCAGUGCAUGGAAACAGACAUCCAUGCACAGGUUGCUCUUCUGGAUUGGAUCCAUGCAUACACAAAGAUGUUGAUUAUGGCAGGGAAAAUCAUACAUCCAACAUUGGGGGUGGGAGGGAAGAGUAGAUUCCUGUGCGGAUCACGAGCUGCCUGAUUAGCAGUGUUAGCUUUGGUAGUACCAGUCUGGUUACAUAGGAAACUGCCAUAUACUGAGUCAGACCAUUGGUCUAUCUAGCUCAGUAUUGUCUUCACAGACUGGCAGCGGCUUCUCCAAGAUUGCAGGCAGGAAUCUCUCUCAGCCCUAUCUUGGAGAAGCCAGGGAGAGAACUUGAAACCUUCUGCUCUUCCCAGAGCGGCUUCAUCCCCUGAGGGGAAUAUCUUGCAGUGCUCACACAUCAGGUCUCCCAUUCAGAUGCAACCAGGGCAGACCCUGCUUAGCUAUGGGGACAAGUCAUGCUUGCUACCACAAGACCAGCUCUCCAGCCCUUGAGGGUUGAGCAAGGGGAAUGAUUUCAUUCCCUCCCCAUCUUCAGCAGGUCAUUGGUAUUGUCCAAGUGUAUAGUUGUCAGCCAUGAGUACUCCAGUGGAGAUCAAUCAGUAUAUGCACAACCCACUGCUGCAUGGAAGCAUCUGAGGCCACUGUAUGUAUUAGUUAUUCAUAUUUGCAACUGUCUGAGCACACAUGCUUUUAUCACUGUAUUAAAACGAUCUUUCUAGAAAUAUUUCCAAGUUCCAAAACAGAUGAUAUUUUUAAAGAUGCUUUUUUAAAAACAUAGAAAUAAGGAAAGCAAUGACAGGUGGGUGACCUAGUGUCUUACUUUCCUUUAUUCUAAACCUGUGAAAACCAUGUAUUCAUCAAUUGCUUUAAGUUGAGUUUAGAUUUGUUGAUAGUGUGCUAACAUAAGGCAGACAAAAUUGUACCUAUUGACACCCUUCCAUGGUGCCUUUAUUUUACAACUGUAAGAAUGUAACUUCGAUUGCUGUGAAUUUUAUAUUUCUAGAAUCAAUAAACCAUUAUUUAUGUUCCUUA